CCGGCCCUUGCCGCCACGCCCCUUCUCCCGCACCAUCCCAUCCCCAUCCCCCGCCUUCAGUCUCCGACCUGCUGCAGCCCGAGCUGGGGGAGCGGAGCAUGGUGGGGAGGGGAGCCGGGCAGGCGACCCGGGGGACGGCGGCGCCGCUGCCUCUCCCCACCAGGCGGCCCCGGAUCCCACUGGAUAGCCUGAGGGCACACCGACCGCGCCUCUAGAGUCACCCCGCGCCAUCCCCUCCCCUCUUCUCUGUACUUCUUUCCAUCCUUCUCGUCCUUAUCCUCCCCACCCUUCCCUGGGCUCCGGACCGCCGCCCUCUCUUCACUCCUGGACCAGCCCUUCUGGGCGCCCCUCUUCCCUAGGGAGAUGCGAUGAGCCGGUGCUCCUGCGUCCUCAUCGUCGCCCCGGGCACGGUGCCCGUCCAGUGCCCGUGCUGGGGAGGAAGCACCCCGCGGUCCCUCCGUGAGGCCCCUCGCUUGGGCCCCGCCCCAGCUGGCGUCCCUGGGCCAUGCCCCAGGGGACCCAGCCACGGGGUGGGCUCUAGAGCGAGGGGGGUGGAGAGGAGAAAGGACGGGGCCUUUGGCGCCUCUGAGAUGCUCCUAAGCACCACGGGGUGCCGAGCGAGGCGCAGGCAACCGGGUGGUAGGCAUGAUGCCCUCGACUAGUGACUCCAGCCGCUCUCUGACCAGCCGGCCCAGCACCCGGGGCCUUACUCACCUCCGCCUCCACCGACCCUGGCUGCAGGCCCUGCUCACGCUGGGGCUGGCCCAGGUGCUCCUGGGCAUCCUGGUGGUCACCUUCAGCAUGGUGGCCUCUUCCGUCACCACCACCGAGAGCAUCAAGAGGUCCUGCCCGUCUUGGGCUGGGUUCUCGCUGGCGUUCUCCGGGGUGGUUGGCAUUGUGUCCUGGAAGCGGCCAUUCACUCUAGUGAUCUCCUUCUUCUCCUUGCUUUCGGUGCUCUGUGUCAUGCUUAGCAUGGCUGGCUCUGUUCUCUCCUGUAAGAAUGGUCAGCUGGCUCGAGACUUUCAAGAAUGCUCCAUGGACGGAAAGGUCUGUGUGUGCUGUCCCUCUGUUCCUCUACUCCGACCCUGUCCAGAGUCAGGGCAGGAACUGAAAGUUGCCACUAACUCCACCUGUGAUGAAGCCCGAGGGGCUCUCAAGAACCUGCUCUUCAGCGUCUGUGGGCUCACCAUUUGUGCCGCCAUAAUCUGUACCCUCUCUGCUAUUGUUUGCUGCAUCCAGAUCUUCUCUCUGGACCUUGUGCAUACGCAGCUGGCUCCUGAGCGCUCAGUCUCAGGCCCCCUGGGGCCUCUGGGCUGUACAUCCUCACCACCAGCCCCUCUCCUACACACCAUGCUGGACCUGGAAGAAUUUGUACCACCUGUGCCCCCACCGCCCUACUAUCCCCCAGAGUACACCUGCAGCUCAGAAACAGAUGCACAGAGCAUCACGUACAAUGGCUCCAUGGACAGCCCAAUGCCCUUGUACCCUACUGAUUGCCCCCCUUCUUAUGAGGCCGUCAUGGGACUACGAGGAGACAGCCAGGCCACUCUCUUUGAUCCUCAGCUUCAUGAUGGCUCUUGCAUCUGUGAGCGAGUGGCCUCCAUUGUAGAUGUGUCCAUGGACAGCGGGUCUCUGGUGCUGUCAGCCAUCGGCGACCUCCCUGGGGGCUCUAGCCCAUCCGAGGACUCGUGCCUGCUGGAGUUGCAGGGCUCCGUGCGCUCCGUUGACUACGUGCUCUUCCGCUCUAUCCAGCGCAGCCGCGCCGGCUACUGCCUCAGCCUGGACUGUGGCCUGCGGGGCCCCUUUGAGGACAGCCCCCUGCCACGGCGGCCCCCACGGGCUGCCCGCUCCUAUUCCUGCUCUGCCCCAGAGGCCCCACCCUCACUGGGUGCCCCCACAGCUGCCCGCAGCUGCCACCGGCUGGAGGGCUGGCCGCCCUGGGUGGGACCCUGCUUCCCUGAGCUGAGGCGGCGGGUCCCCCGGGGAGGUAGCCGCCCAGCUGUGGCCCCUCCCACCCGAGCCCCUACUCGACGCUUCAGCGAUAGCUCAGGUUCCCUCACCCCACCGGGGCACCGGCCUCCUCAUCCGGCUUCCCCACCACCACUGCUGCUGCCACGGUCCCACAGUGACCCAGGCAUCACCACCUCCAGCAACACUGCUGACUUCAGGGACCUUUAUACCAAAGUGCUUGAGGAAGAAGCUAUUUCCGUUUCCUCUGCAGAUACAGGUCCGGCAUGUGGGCUCUGCUCUGAAGCCUGCCUCUUCCGCCUAGCCCGCUGCCCUUCCCCCAAGUUGCUACGUGCCCAGUCAGCGGAGAAACGGCGUCCUAUGCCCACCUUCCAGAAAGUGCCCCUGCCCUCAGGCCCUACGCCUGCCCACUCCCUGGGGGAUCUGAAGGGCAGCUGGCCAGGCCGGGGCCUGGUCACUCGUUUCCUCCAGAUGUCCAGGAAGGCCCCGGACCCCAGUGGGACUAGAGCCCAUGGACAUAAGCAGGUACCCCGGAGCCCAUGGGGCCGGCCAGGCCGAGAGAGCCUCCACCUUCGCAGCUGUGGAGACCUGAGCUCUGGCUCCUCCUUGCGGCGUCUCCUGUCUGGCCGCCGGCUGGAGCGUGGUACACGCCCUCAAAGCCUCAGCCUCAAUGCGGGCAGCCGGGAGACAGGGCUCUGACCUGGGCUUCUUGUCACACUGAACACAUCCAGAUAAAUAUGGGGCCACAGACACCAGGUGGUUGGGACAGCACCCUCGAGCACCCCCUUGCACUGGCUGUCACAAAAAGAUACCUGCUGUACACCCUCCAAAAGUGUCCAUUUCCCUCUUACCUCUCCGGGCUGCUUGCCUCUGCCCCUCCGGACUGGGAGAGCUUCUGUCCUGAGCUGCAUGGGUAUUCUGGCUGUGGGGGAAGAUGCCCCUGCUUAUAGGAUUGCAGGAGGAAAAUGAAUAAACUCCUCUCCCCCCUGGCAUGAGAGUGGCUCUUCCUGAUUUGCAGGGGCGCUAUGGUGAGGGCAAAGGCAUGUCCCAGGUUAAUUAAGUACAGGGCAUGUGUGCCUGAGUGAUGGGGGUGCUGAGGCAGGCAUGAAGAGUCAGAAAAAUCCAGGUGGUUCUCAGCUCUGUGUGCCAUCUCUAGCUGCAUGACCUUGGGCAAGUUAUUUAACCCCAACUGCCUGAUCGAUAAAACAUUGGGAAGGUGAAUGUUUGUAAAUCUCUUAACAAACCAUGUAAGCCUUCAAUAAAUUUCAGUUUUCCCUUC